CAAUGCAAAUGUCUAAUGUCAUCUAAAUCUUGAAAGAUGUGAAAUGUUAAAUACAUAAUACAAAUAGACAUGUAAUUUGCGCUAAACUAGCGUAGGUAAACGGCAUAACAGAAAAGUGAAAAACCACCAAAUAUAUGUGUUUAUUAUAUAACUGUUAACCUACUAAUUGUUUAUUUUCAAAUAUUUGAAUUAUUUCUAGUUGUAGUAUUUUUUUUACAAAUAUGGGCGGCGGAGAUUUGAAUACCAAAAAAACAUGGCAUCCCAGCACAAUGAAAAAUCAAGAGCGUGUGUGGAAAGCAGAACAAGCUGCAGCAGAAGAAAAGAAACGAAUAAUUGAAUUGGAACGUGAAAGAGCUCAAGAGAGAGACCGAGAAGAGUUAAAUGCGCUGGCCAAACAAAAUGCACAUUCUGCUUCUGAAUCCAAUGACAAUCGUUUACGUUGGAUGUAUGAUAAACCCGAUAAAAAAGUUCAGGAUGAAGACUAUUUGCUUGGUAAAGCUAUAGAUAGGAAUUUCGAUCAAGCUGGUAAAUCUGAACAGAAUGAAAUCCCAGCUGUAUCUCGUCGAGUAGUUGGUUCUAGUAUGAUAACAUCAGCAGGUGAUGUUCAGGUUGACCUAGCACGUAAACUCAGAGAGGAUCCAUUGCUGUUGGUGAAAGAAAGAGAAAGGGCAGCGCGUGCUGCUCUGUUAAAUAACCCUGUACAGAGACGUAGGCUUACAGAGUUGUUACGCAAAGAACAGGAGCAAAAAAAUUUACUUAAAGGAGAGAAAAAAUCUAAGAAAAAAGACAGCAGCCUUGAUAAUCUAUUAGCAGCAAAAUUAAAUGCUUUAGGUGGUGAGAAAGGAAUGGACAUUGCAAAGUUGCUUGAAUCAGACGACAGUUCUUCAGAUGAAGAAAUUAAGAAGAAGAAAAAGAAAAAGAAAAAUAAGAAACAUAAAUCCAAGAAGUGUAAUGAAGAGAGUGAUGAUGAUAACUCAUCAGUGCUAAAAGAUAACAAGUCACGAGAACGUAAAAGCCACCAUCGAAGUAGGGAUAAUAGUGAUAAAGAAUGUGAUUCUAAGGUAAAAUCGUCUCGGUAUGAUUCUAGACAUGACAGUAGUAAUAAGCCAUCUUCAUCAAAAAGAAAAACUUCUGAAGUUAGCAGCGAUGAUGAAGGCUAUUCAUAUAAAAAAAACAGGAAAGAUUCCUCAUCAAAAAGAUAUUGGGAAACAGAAAAAUUCAAAGUAUCUCAUGAGUCCAGCGAUGAUAGGAAACAUGUAAGAAAGUAUUACACAAAGUAUGAUUAUGAGAACAAACCAAGUAGAAUUGGAGAAAAAGAUCGUAGGGAUAAGCAGGACGCCAAAAAAACUGGCAUCAGUGAAGAAGAAAAAGCUGCACGAUUGGCAUCAAUGAUUGCUGCAGGUGCAGAGAGGGAAGUUCAGCGAGGUCGCCGUGUGGCAGAACAGCGAGCAGAGAAUGCAGCGCCCGAGAAGUCAGUACCUCGACAUUCAUCUCGCAACGAAGCGCGGGUCUUACCUGACUCUCUUGAAAGUAGAAUCCAUUCAAACAGACAUUACAUUCAACGUAACCAGCGACAUAUGAACGAGCAUUUUGCUAGACGAUAGCCAAGGAUUAAAUCAAAAGAGACAUUUA